UCCCAGUUCGAUUUUUGUCUCCGCUUCAGCUUCUCUCGUUCCCCCUCCAGCCAACGACGAAACGAAACAAAGAAAAGUGAGGGAAAAAAGACACACCACCACACACCAAAUACAUCAUGUCUUUCUCUACCGUCUUCCGUCGUGCCGCCGUCGCACCGGCUUUCUCUGCCCGUGCUUUCAGCACCACCGCUGCUCGACCUCUGGCCAAGAUCACCAUCGUUGGCAACCUUGCCGACACCCCAGAGGUUCAACCCACCAGCAACGGCCGCGACAUCGUUCGCUACUCUAUCGCCAGCAACUCUGGUAACCGCGAAAACCGCAAGACGAGCUGGUUCAGGGUCACCAGCUUCGCCGAGGGUCCCUCUCGAGACUACCUUAUGAGCCUUCCCAAGGGUGCUACCGUCUAUGUCGAGGGCGACGCCACUAUGCGCUCUUACACCGACGCCAGCGGCCAGAACCGCACAAGCCUCAGCAUUGUCCAGCGCCAAAUUGAGGUUCUUCGACGUCCCCAAGCUCCCGAGCAGGGCGAGUAAACAUGCCCACAUGGACGCGACCUUUUCGUGGCGCCAUAAUACCUCGACUGCUGCUUUCUUCUCUCUGUCUCAAAGAUGGUCUCUUUUGUCGGAUGCUAAUGUAUGGGUGCAAUGUACGAUGGGCUUUAAGACAGCCGGUGAAGGAACUGUAUGAUACCACGAUGCAAUAUACUUUUAACAUCACAUAUCAA